GACCCCGGCGUGAGAGGGGCCGUGCGGUCGGACGUCCUCGGGGUAGGCCCCCUGUCGGUGGCCGAAGACCUGGGGCUCAGUCCCCUCGGUCCCGAAUUUCCGGGCCUGACCCCACGCUUCUCAAAUAUCCGGGUCUCAGCCCCUGAGAUUCCAGAUAUCCGGGACUCGGGUCCCAACCUCUCUAAACCUGGGGCUCUGUUUCACAGGAUUUCAGAUAUCUGGGGUUCAGGACCCUGUGUGCACUAGUAUCCGGGGUUCAUUCCCCACGAGUUCAAAUAUCAGAUUCGGCCUCCCCCAGUUCAAAUAUCUGGAGUUCAGACCCCACAGUCAGAAAUCCGGGAUUCAGCAACUGUCGCCCUCGAGGAGGAGGAGGACUGGACCGCGAGGUCAGAUCAGGUUGUCACCCCCUCUCCUCCAGGGGAGGCUUCCCGGGCCCGCCCCUCAGGAAGGGCGAAAGCCGAGGAAGAGGUGGCAAGGGGAAAGGUCUCCUUGCCCCUCUCCCUGCUUGGCAGAGCCGCUGGAGGACCCCAGGAGGAGGCGGAGGCGCUGGGGCACCAUAGUGACCCCUACCAGGUCAAACCCCACUCUCAGGGCCCCCAGGGGCCACCAUGCCAGCUGGGGGCCGGGCCGGGAGCCUGAAGGACCCUGAUGUGGCUGAGCUCUUCUUCAAGGAUGACCCGGAAAAGCUCUUCUCUGACCUCCGGGAAAUUGGCCAUGGCAGCUUUGGAGCUGUGUACUUUGCCCGGGAUGUCCGGAAUAGUGAGGUGGUGGCCAUCAAGAAGAUGUCCUACAGUGGGAAGCAGUCAAAUGAGAAAUGGCAGGACAUCAUCAAGGAGGUGCGGUUCCUACAGAAGCUCCGGCAUCCCAAUACCAUUCAGUACCGGGGCUGUUACCUGAGGGAGCACACGGCUUGGCUGGUGAUGGAGUAUUGCCUGGGCUCAGCUUCUGACCUUCUAGAAGUGCACAAGAAGCCCCUUCAGGAGGUGGAGAUUGCAGCUGUGACCCACGGGGCCCUUCAGGGCCUGGCUUAUCUGCACUCCCACAACAUGAUCCAUAGGGAUGUGAAGGCUGGAAACAUCCUGCUGUCAGAGCCAGGCUUGGUGAAACUGGGGGACUUCGGCUCUGCAUCCAUCAUGGCACCUGCCAACUCCUUCGUGGGCACCCCGUACUGGAUGGCUCCAGAAGUGAUCCUGGCAAUGGAUGAGGGGCAGUACGAUGGCAAGGUGGAUGUCUGGUCCUUGGGCAUAACCUGCAUCGAGCUGGCGGAACGGAAACCACCGCUGUUUAACAUGAAUGCGAUGAGUGCCUUAUACCACAUUGCACAGAACGAGUCCCCCGUGCUCCAGUCAGGACACUGGUCUGAGUACUUCCGGAAUUUUGUCGACUCCUGCCUUCAGAAAAUCCCUCAAGACAGACCAACCUCAGAGGUUCUUCUGAAGCACCGCUUUGUGCUCCGGGAGCGGCCACCCACAGUCAUCAUGGACUUAAUCCAGAGGACCAAGGAUGCUGUUCGGGAGCUGGACAACCUGCAGUACCGCAAAAUGAAGAAGAUACUGUUCCAAGAGGCGCCCAACGGUCCUGGCGCUGAGGCCCCAGAGGAGGAGGAGGAGGCAGAGCCCUACAUGCACCGGGCCGGGACGCUGACCAGUCUAGAGAGUAGCCAUUCAGUGCCCAGCAUGUCCAUCAGCGCCUCCAGCCAGAGCAGCUCAGUCAACAGCCUAGCAGAUGCCUCUGACAAUGAAGAGGAGGAAGAGGAGGAGGAGGAGGAGGAGGAGGAGGAAGAAGGCCCUGAAGCCCGGGAGAUGGCCAUGAUGCAGGAGGGCGAGCACACAGUCACCUCCCACAGCUCCAUCAUCCACCGGCUGCCGGGCUCUGACAACCUCUAUGAUGACCCCUACCAGCCAGAGAUGACCCCAGGCCCUCUCCAGCCACCUGCAGCCCCAGCUCCCACAUCCACCACCUCUUCUGCCCGCCGACGGGCCUACUGCCGCAACCGGGACCAUUUUGCCACCAUCCGUACUGCCUCCCUGGUCAGCCGUCAGAUCCAGGAGCAUGAGCAGGACUCAGCCCUGCGGGAGCAGCUGAGUGGCUAUAAGCGGAUGCGACGACAGCACCAGAAACAGCUGCUGGCGUUGGAGUCGAGGUUGAGGGGUGAGCGUGAGGAGCACAGUGCACGGCUGCAGCGGGAGCUCGAGGCGCAGCGGGCUGGCUUUGGGGCUGAGGCCGAAAAGCUGUCAAGGCGGCACCAGGCUAUCGGUGAGAAGGAGGCACGAGCUGCCCAGGCUGAGGAGCGUAAGUUCCAGCAGCACAUCCUCGGGCAGCAGAAGAAGGAGCUGGCCGCCCUGCUGGAGGCACAGAAGCGAACCUACAAACUUCGGAAGGAGCAGCUGAAGGAGGAGCUCCAGGAGAACCCCAGCACGCCCAAGCGGGAGAAGGCUGAGUGGCUUUUGCGGCAGAAGGAGCAGCUGCAGCAGUGCCAGGCGGAGGAGGAGGCUGGACUGCUGCGGCGGCAGCGCCAGUACUUUGAGCUGCAGUGUCGUCAGUACAAGCGCAAGAUGCUGCUGGCUCGUCACAGCCUGGACCAGGACCUGCUUCGAGAGGACUUGAACAAGAAACAGACACAGAAGGACUUGGAGUGUGCAUUGCUGCUACGGCAGCAUGAGGCCACACGGGAGCUGGAGCUACGGCAGCUCCAGGCUGUACAGCGCACACGGGCUGAGCUCACCCGCCUGCAGCACCAGACGGAGCUGGGCAACCAGCUGGAGUACAAUAAGCGGCGUGAGCAAGAGUUGCGGCAGAAGCAUGCAGCCCAGGUUCGCCAGCAGCCCAAGAGCCUCAAAGUACGUGCAGGCCAGCGUCCCCUGGGCCUCCCGCUCCCCAUUCCUGGGGCUCUGGGACCACCUAACACAGGCACCCCUAGAGAAGAGCAGUCCUGCUCAUCUGGCCAGGAGGCAGACCAAAGAAUUCUGGGAGAGGAGGAGGAAGCAGUUCCAGAGAGAAGGAUUCUGGGGAAGGAAGGGGCUGCCUUGGAGCCAGAGGAGCAGAGGAUAUUGGGGGAAGAGUCAGGAACCCCGAGUCCCAGUCCACAGAAACAUAGGAGUUUGGUUGAUGAGGAAGUUUGGGGGCUACCUGAGCAGGAGAUAGAGGAGCUUAGAGUUCCAUCCCCGGCACCCCAGGAGAGGAGCAUUGUGGGCCAGGAGGCAUCUGGGGAAUGGAGGUUGUGGGGGAAGGAGGAUGGUAGCCUCUUGGAUGAGGAGUUUGAGCUUGGCUGGGUCCAAGGUCCAACACUGACCCCAGUCCCUGAGGAGGAGGAGGAAGAGGAGGAGGGUGCUCCAUUUAGGACCCCGAGGGAUCCUGGAGAUGGCUGUCCCUCACCAGACAUCCCCCCUGAACCCCCUCCAACACAGCUGAGGCCCAGCCCUACUAGCCAGCUCCCUGGACUCCUGUCCCAUGGCCUCUUGGCUGGACUCUCCUUUGCAGUGGGGUCCUCCUCUGGCCUCUUGCCCCUACUACUUCUGCUGCUGCUCCCACUGCUGGCGGCCCAGGGUGGGGGUGGCCUGCAGGCAGCCCUGCUGGCCCUUGAGGUGGGGCUGGUGGGCCUGGGGGCCUCCUACCUACUGCUUUGUACAGCUCUGCACCUGCCCCCCAGUCUAUUCCUACUCCUGGCUCAGGGCACCGCACUGGGGGCUGUCCUCAGUCUGAGCUGGCGCCGAGGUCUUAUGGGUGUCCCUCUGGGCCUUGGGGCUGCCUGGCUCCUAGCCUGGCCAGGCUUGGCUCUACCUCUGGCAGCUGUGGCAGCUGGGGGCAAAUGGGUGCGGCAGCAGGGUCCUCGGAUGCGCCGGGGCAUCUCUCGACUCUGGUUGCGUGCUCUGCUGCGUCUGUCGCCCAUGGCCUUCAGGGCCCUACAGGGCUGUGGGGCCGUGGGGGAUCGGGGCCUAUUUGCACUCUACCCCAAGACCAACAAGGAUGGCUUCCGCAGCCGUCUGCCUGUCCCUGGGCCCCGGCGGGGUAAUCCUCGCACUGCCCGACACCCACUAGUCCUGUUGGCAAGGUUUUGGGCCCUGUGCAAGGGCUGGAACUGGCGCCUGGCACGGGCCAGCCAAGGUUUAGCCACCCGCUUGCCCCCCUGGGCCAUCCACACACUGGCCAGUUGGGGCCUGCUUCGGGGUGAGCGGCCCAGCCGUAUCCCCCGGCUGCUACCACGCAGCCAGCGCCGGCUAGGCCCCCCUGCCUCCCACCAACCACCACCAGAGACUCUAGCUGGGCGGAGAUCCCGAACCCGCCAGUCCCGGGCCCUGCCUCCCUGGAGGUAACCAACUCUAGCUCCUCCCCAGCCCAAAUCUAGAGCAUUGAGCACUUUAUCUCCCACUACUCAGUGAAGUUUCUCCAGUCCCAGUCCUCUCCUCCCUUUCACCACUCCUUCCUCGGUAUGCUUCCCCACCUCUAGCCCUUUGGGCCUCUAGACAGGCAGCCUCCUCCACCGUGGAGUCUGGAGAUUAUAUUUUGUGUUCUCCUGAUGCUCCCCCCACACCCUAAGUUAUUGCUGUUCUCCCACUGUGUGUGCUCAUCCUCACCCUCAUCGACUCAGGCCUGGGGCCAGGGGUGGCAGUGGGUGGGAAGAGUCAUGUUUUUUUUUUUCUCUCUUUGAUUUUGUUUUUCUGUCUCCCUUCCAACCUGUCCCCUUUCCCCCACCAAAAAAAGAAAAAGACAAACACAAAUAAAAUAUCUGAGCGGAACUGUACCUUUGGCCCAGGCUGCCUCUGUCUGCUUUGUCCUGCCGCCUAGCCUCCCUGGUAUG